AUGGUCAUACGUCCCCCGGACCCGGUGAUGGAAGCUCUCAUUGAAGCCAGCAUCAGCUCUGUCGAUAUCGCUCUUGGCCCACCAGACAAUACGACCGCCUUGUGCGGAAAACACUCGCUCGAAAAAUGUGUCGAAUGUGACGCCGACUACGUCUCCCUCAACCGCCUCUCCAGAAUCCUGCUUGCCCACUCCACCCUACGUUGUCCCCCACCACCCCAGAUUGUCACCCAGAAAUUAACCAUGGCAAUCACAAACAUCAAGGAGGAGGGGAAUACUCUCUUUAAAGGCGGCUUGCACGAGAAAGCCAUCCAACGCUACACCAUGGCCAUCAACAUGGCCGCACAGAGACCACCGUGGGAAGCGCAGCAGAUAAUGCGCGAAGAGCUUUCCACCGUCCUGUCCAACCGUUCCGCCGCUUUCCUGGAAGCGGGAGACUACGUCGGCGCGCUGGUCGACGCCGAGACUGUUAUCCAGCUGAAGCGACCGUGGAGUAAGGGACAUUUCCGGAAGGCAAGGGCGUUGAUGAGGCUGGAAAGAUACGAGGAGGCGAAGGAGGCGAUCCAGCUGGGCUUGUCGUACGAGCCUGACAACUCGGAAAUGUCUCAGAUGCUGGCUAGUAUAGAGUCAGCAUUGAAGGCGCGGAUGCAGGACUCAGAGUCGCGCAUUAGAGCCUCGAAGAACGUCCCGACACUUCUUCCUAUACUCGCCUCUUGA